GAGCAGGGUCGGGAUCAUAGACUGUAUAUAUACUGUAUGUAUAUCUUGGUCGGGAUCAUAGACUGUAUAUAUACUGUAUGUAUAUCUUGGUCGGGAUCCAAGAUUCAUCUGAUCGUUUCGUUGCCAUGGUAACGCUCGGACGUGGUCUCUGGUAGAAGUGAGGGUUUUUGUUUGUGCUGCGGAGUGAGAUAUGUUUCAAUAGACGAUCUUUAUCUAGCUAAGGCUGACGUGUGGAAUGACGCGAUGCGUUCACGUGGUCAAAACGUUUUCCUGAUGUGAUAUACAACCUUUAUUUCAGAUGAUUUAUUUGUAUUUAUACAUAAAUACAAAUAAAUGUGUUUAUUUAUCUGUUGUGUGCUUUAAAAACACUGUGUAGUUUUUUAUUAUCAUUUUUUAUAAUUUUUAAUAUUUAGUUGUGUCCGGUCGUCACUGAGCGGUUCCAGUUGUUCCUACAGUCCCUGAAUGCAGCAGAGCUGUGCAUCACGAUCUAUCAUAAAUCUUUGAUAUCGUCUCACACAUAUUUCAUUGAUUCGUUUGAAGUCAUUUAAUUUAUCUCAUCUGUUGUGCUUUUAGCUUUGAUCUUUGUUGUUGUUUGUUCCUCCUUAAAACAAAUGAACAAACUGUCAGUGCGGUUUGACUCUGAUCAACUUUAAUUUGAAAGUGCUGCACUUCCGGUUAAGCAGCUGUUACCAUAGCGACGCAGCAGCGGACACAGGACGCAGACAGGAAACAACAACAACAAACUCCAACAAACAAACAAACAACAACAACAACAACAACAAACAAACAACAACAUGUCAUCACCCAGGAUGGGUGUGGUCAGAGACUCCAUGUUGACCAAUCCGCUGAUGAUCAAGGUGUCUCUUGGUCAGUCCAGGUCCCGAGGUUUUUUACUUCCUGGUCCAGAUUUUACUUUUGGAACCAGCAGCAGCUCAAUGCAGAAUGGAGGCGUGGCCGAGGUUCUGUCCAGCUGGAGGGUUCAGCCCAGACGUGAAGCCGCGGAUCCUCACAAGGUUCUGGUUCCGGAUUUCGUGUCUCUGAACCGGAACGCGGUGAAGGCGGGACUGGUCACGUCCAAUGAGCUGCGUCAGUACCGGGCCCAGGUGGGGGGGGGCAAGACAAAACAUCCGGCACCCAAACAGCAGGAGGGCGGGGCUUCACAGAAGCUGGUAGUUCCUGACAUCACAACCAGGGAUGUGUCAGUCAGGCCGUCGUCUCCUCUGUCAGACCUUCUCUCUCAUCAGUACGCUCGCCGCUGGAAGGAUGAGCAGCUGAGCAGGAUUCAAACCAGCAACCACAACCAGCAGCUCAGGACUAAACCAGGUUCAGACACCAGGACCAGUGUUCUGAGGAGGAGCAGACCACUUCCUGUCACGCGACCCCAGUUCAGAUUGCCGCACUUCACCCAGGUGCCUCCUGCUGUCCACAGCUUCAGAGACCAGCAGGGGGCAGCAGGCUCCGAGUACUGAACCUGUCGGAUCAUCUUCACAAUAACACCUGAAAUAAAAUAAAAUAAAAUGUUG